UCCAAAAUUGGUAACAUAUUUACCUUUGAUAUUUUAUGUCUUUCGCUUUUUAUUUACUGCACUUAAAAAAUGACUUAUUAGUUAACCCUGAUAUCCAGCUUCGCAGAAUCGUUUUUAUUGAAAGCUGAGACAGCAACUUUGAGCCGUUGUUUUCCAAAAUGAUCUUUUCAACUUAGCUAAACGUUCCUUUACUUUAAUAAGCCUUGACAUGUUAAGUCAUUCCGAAACAAAUUCGUUGCAGAAUUCUGUGUCUCGUUAGAGCUAUCUUAUAAGACAGAUUUCGUUAAAAGAAAAGAGGUAUUAGUGUAUUGAAGCUCGCAACAAUGAGCCUUGAGUAGUUGUAUUUAAUCUUCUUUUGGAGGAAAAAUGAUUUUUGGAGGACUGAAAAAAUGUCGCGAAUUAAUAGCAUAGUUUUUAAACAAAGUAAAAACUAUUGAGAAAUUGUGCCGAUGCUGGAGGCAAUUGAGGCAACUUUGAUAGAACUGACCUCCAUUUCUAACAAGGCUUAGCAUAACGAUUGUCAUUAAAUAGAGUACAACUCCGGAAUGGUUUCUCAAGAGCUCCGGCUUUAUAUCAAGUUGUUCAGACUACAAACUUAAAUACGUGACAUGAAAAAUUAAAUACUAAAGAACGAGUCUAUAUAGAAUAACUAAAAAACAAUUCAUUAUUAAAUUAGACAACACUGAAAUUCUUGAGAUUAAGACGAAUGAAUAAUAGGUUCAUUAAUAACAAAAUGUCGCUAUUUUGAAAAAAAUUGGGAAUACAUGCAGGGUGACAGUUUUAAAGCUACCUAAAUCUUCCUAAUCGGUUAUAUCUUAGUGGAAGUGAUUUUAGCUUCCAUUUUUGUCAUACAAAAGUGUAUGUAUGUGUGUGUGUGUGUAUUACAUAAAAAUUAAAAUAAUUUUAUUUGGCAUGGUUUAUGACCACUAUAGUGCCUUGUUCAAAUAAUGGCGCGCGGCUUUGAAUCCGAAAGCAUUCACCCGCCCGGGAAUGGUAUAGAAGAUGCAAUGUUAUGACCCGUUGCUUAUGUGUCUUGAUCUACAUUUGCUUAGCUCUGUGCAAAAUUUGGCGACCUACUGUGAAACCUUCGCUAGAAGCAGUUGUUGAUAGUGAAGGUUGUGUUUUCAAAACUUCAUAGGUGUCAGCGAAGGUCGCGUGUUAUGUCGCUCUGGAGGCAACUCCGUCGGCCAGCGGUGCUAACGCAACGCUCUUUGCCGACCAUCCAAGUAGCGCCCAAUCGCACCAUUGUAGAGAGGCACAAUGACAAUGUUUACCACGUUUCGGGCACGCGGACCGAUAAAAGCAAAUAUGGAGGUCGUUUCAUGGUGACAGCUCUUCCGGGAGAUGGAAUCGGUCCCGAACUUAUUGGCUACGUAAAGGAAGUGUUCCGUUAUGGUGGCGUGCCGGUGGACUUUGAAGAGGUUCACCUAGACUCAUCCAGAGACGACGUCGACUUGCUGGAGCAGGCCAUCAUCGCGGUCAAGCGCAACGGGGUUGCCUUAAAGGGUAACAUUGAGACGCGUCAUAACGACCCGAAUUGCAAAUCCAGAAACGUUGAACUACGCCUCCGGCUGGGCCUGUUUGCUAAUAUUGUGCAUGUCACCUCACAACCAGGCAUUGAAACGAGACACUCUGGAAUCGAUAUCGUUCUCAUUCGACAGAACACCGAGGGCGAGUAUUCAUGCGAAGAACACAUGUCUAUUAAGGGCGUCGUCGAGUCGCUGAAGGUUAUCACUCAGUCCAAAAGUGACGAAAUUGCCCGUUACGCUUUUGAGUGGGCUAAGAAUAAUGGACGCAAGAAAAUUACCUGCGUCCACAAAGCCAAUAUUAUGAAACUAUCUGACGGCCUAUUCCUGCGUUGUUGUACUGAGAUUUCGAAGGAAUACCCCGAGCUGGAGUUCGACAACAUCAUCAUUGACAACUGUUCCAUGCAGCUUGUGUCUAACCCGAAGCAGUUUGACGUUCUUUUGCUGCCAAACCUGUACGGUAAUAUUUUAACGAAUCUCGCCUGCGGAAUUACUGGGGGCCCAGGUAUCGCCUCCGGACGUAAUUAUGGCCGCGAAUACGCCGUUUUCGAAACUGGCACCCGUAACACGGGAAAAUCUAUUGCUGGCAAAAAUAUCGCUAAUCCAAUUGCGAUGAUGAACGCUGGCGUCGAUUUGCUGUAUCACCUUAAUUUAAGGGAACACGCUGAAGUGAUUGCAACGGCUAUUGAUAAAACGAUUAAUGUUGAUAAGAUUCACACACCCGAUCUUGGCGGUCAAGCGACCACUACAGAUGUCGUGCAGAACAUCAUCAAGGAAGUACAGAAGCACGCUUAGAAAACCAGACAACGAUAAUAAAAAUUUGCAGCAAAACUGUCCAUAUCGUACUUCAAUCUUCUGCGACUAAGUACAGCCAAAACUAUGUGAGCUACGUGACGAUUGUAAUAUUUGAUUAUACACCUGUAGUAGAAUCGACAUCAUUUGAACGUGGAGGACCUUGCCAGUGUUAAACUGAGAUUGUAAUAAAGAAAUGACGAAUCUACCAGGUCAACAAAAGGUUUAAAGUAACCACCUGAGUGGAUUUAAUCAAUAGACAGACCAUUGUAAAUGCACGAAUAUAAGGGUUGAGAAUGUGUCAUACAGGUGCAACAAGCGUGAUAGAAGUAUGAACUAUAUGUGUAGAUACACGAGCUGAAGAAGGGCUCGUCUAGUCCACUACUUGCUCUUAGUUGAUGCUUAGUGUUGAGAUCAUAAGAAUCAACAAUAAUCGAAAGAAAAAAUGCUGGACGAAGUGUAUAAGGAAAUGAAAUCACGAAAAGGCAGUUAGGGUUCUGAAAGCUCGGGGCGUCCUAUUCAACAUCAUGAAGCGUAUUCAUUUGAAAUGGCAAAUUUUGUUGAACGGUGACCUCAUUUGAUCCUUUUAACGUGUGCACUCUAUUUGGUGUGAGAUCUAUGACAAUUCGAAUACCAGAAGUAGUAGUGGUUCUUUAAUGAUGAUAUUUAUUUUAAUGAAAGAGCAUGCCCACAAUAAAAGUGAUGUAAAUUGAUGGACUUUC